UGGGGACUCACCGGGGCUGUUCUUUGCUUCGAGCCCCCCUUUCCUCCUCCCGCCAAAUGGAUUUAUCCUUGAGGCUCCUCAUUCUCUGCUGGCUUUACCUGGAAGCUUCAGGGGAGUUUGACGGAAGGUGGCCCAGGCAGAUAUUUUCUACAACUGGACUGUGCCGUUUUGGAAGCCGUGUGGACUGCUGCUGGGGCUGGGUCCGCCAUUCGUGGGGCCAAUGCCAACCUUUCUACGUCUUAAGGCACAGAAUAGCCAGGAUAAGGUGCCAACCCAAAGCUGUAUGCCAGCCUGGAUGUAAACAUGGGGAAUGUAUUGGACCAAACAAAUGCAAGUGUCAACCAGGAUACACUGGAAAAACAUGCAAUCAAGCUGAGCAUUUGUACGCAGCGUCACACGACUGGCCCAGUGAACCACCUUUUUUCAUCCCUCUGGAUCAUCAGGCAGCAAAUCUUCUACUGAGGGACCUCAAUGAAUGUGGACUGAAACCAAGACCAUGCAAACAUCGGUGCAUGAAUACCUAUGGCAGCUACAAGUGUUAUUGUCUGAAUGGGUACAUGCUUAUGCCUGAUGGAUCAUGUUCUAAUGCCCUCACAUGUUCCAUGGCAAACUGCCAGUAUGGCUGUGAUGUUGUUAAAGGGGAGGUACGCUGCCGCUGUCCCUCACCAGGGUUACAAUUAGCACCUGAUGGUAGAACUUGUAUUGAUGUUGAUGAGUGUGCCACUGGGAGAGUGACCUGCCCUCGGUUUAGGAAGUGUGUCAACACAUUUGGGAGCUAUAUUUGCAAAUGUCACAAAGGCUUUGAUCUGAUGUACAUUGGAGGCAAAUACCAGUGCCAUGAUAUUGAUGAAUGCUCUCUUGACCAGCAUCAGUGUAGAGGAUUUUCCCGAUGUUACAACACACAAGGAUCCUAUAAGUGUAAAUGUAAGGAAGGCUACAGAGGUGACGGAAUGAACUGCAUGACUUUCGAUGCCCUUGAAAAUGAAAUGGGCUUUGACUCGGCUGAGGCACAUGGCAGAGGUCAACAGGACCCUUUUAAUGUGGUUCUCUCUGAGAUGGUAUCUCAGAGGGAGAUUUGGGCUAUUCCCAAAGUUAUGAUUGAUCCAUCAGGCCCCUAUACUGUAUUUAAGGGCAACAGUACCUUUCCUAAAGGUAGCGGUGGGAUGACCAAUAGGAUACCUGAAACUGGAGGUACAAAGCAACCUGUAAAAAUUCCACAUGUACCAGCUACAGCAAGACCUGUGCCCAGGACAACAAUAAAGCCUACUCCACAUCCAACCACAAGGCCAACACAAAAGCCCUUUACCAGGUUUGUAACAAAGCCUGCAACAACAAAACCAGCAUGGAAGCCAGCAACAAAACUUCCACCAGUGACAAGACCUCUGCCUCCAACACGACCUCCAACACCACCCCUCACUCCACCCAAGCCCACCACAACACAGACACCAAGAGUUACAACUAAAGAGCCUCAGCUUGUUCCUACUAUAGCAACACCUCCUCAAGGAUUUACAGUUGACAACAGGAUACCAAUUGAUCCUCAGAAACCACGAGGGGAUGUGUUUAUUCCACGCCAGCCUGGAGUGAGCAAUAAUCUCUUUGAAACGUUUGAAAUUGAAAGAGGGAUUAGCGCUGACGAGGAUAAAGCCAAUGAUGAUCCAGGUGUUUUUGUUCACAGCUGUAACUUUGACAGUGGACUAUGUAGAUGGAUGAAGGAGAAAGAUGAAGAUUUGCAUUGGGAAUCUGUUAAAGAUGCCUCAGGCGGACAGUAUUUAUCUCUCUCAGAGCCCAAAGGCAAAACAGGACGAGCAGCACGUUUGGUUCUUCCUCUUGGCCAUUUAGGUCAUUCAGGGAAUCUGUGCCUGUCCUUCAGGCAUAAAGUGUCUGGGCUGCAUUCAGGAUUGCUCCAAGUCUUUGUGAGAAAGAGUGGUGCUCACGGACCAGCAAUUUGGGGACGGAACAGCGGUCAUGGCUGGAGGCAAACACAGAUUACCUUACAGGGACCUGGCAUCAAAAGUGUCAUUUUUAAAGGUGAGAAAGGAAAAGGAAGAACCGGUGAAAUCGGAUUGGAUGAUGUGAGUUUGAGGAGAGGCCACUGUUCCCAAGACCACUAGUGGUACCGACAGACCGCCAAAGGGUGUGCUUUGUAUUUCCCCAUGCCUCCUAGGUGGGGGGGCCAGUGGGUUGAUGACUACUUCUCUCAUUUGUGUGCUUUGUGGGAUCCAUGGAAGCUCCAUCUGGUUAAUGCAAUUUUU